GAAGUUUUGAAACAAGUAGCAAUGCACAAACUAACAUUUUAACCGUGAGGCGCUAGUCCAGCUUUGAAGAACCGGCCCCGGAAAUUAACAAUGAGCUAGCGGGGGAAAUGACGUCUGGUCUGGGUUCGCAGACCAGAACUUGACCAGUACUUUGCUGUUGCAGAUCAUGGCGUGCCUGUUGUCACGGGUUUUUGGAUGAGUCGGACUUCUAUAUCAUUUAUACUCUGGGCUGAUGAUCCAUGACCAUCCAUCUCUGAUAUUAAUUAGACCAAUACCUCGUUUAAUUUCACUGUUUGCCACACAACUCAUGAGUUCUGGAGCAAAGGUCGACCUGCUUAAAUUACACUUGCAUUGCAUAAGAAAUCCAGGAAGACCUGUUUCGCCUGUCCAUUCUUGACUCUCACUGCAGGUUGCUCCAGGAAUUUUCACAUCAUCUUGUGCUACGCUUGCUUCAAUAAGACCUCUUAGAGUAAUUUCGUCUUGUCGCUGUCUUUGUAGUGUAAUUUUCCAAUUGAAUAAAUCCCAUAUUGUUGGCUCCGCAGUGACUUGUUGCAACAAUAUGCAACACAAUAUGAUUACUGUUCGCCAAAUCAUUGUAAUAUGUUGCCUUAUGGACUUAUUUCGCCCCAAACCCAAUGUUUAAAAUGCUUUUGUUUGCUUGUUGCGUGAUAUUGUAUCUUACUCGAUAUGGCUGCGGGCUGCCACAUGUGACAAUGACAGACAAGAGCUCUUGCAACUCUUGCAAAACAAAUUAAAAAUUAUUUGCAUUUGUAUGAUUCGUACGUGACAAAAGAAGCCUUUUUGAAAUAAUUAUAGGUGUUAAAGUUGCAGAAUGGUGGCGUGCAAGGUAACGAGCAUUAACGAAAAAAAUGUGGCUUUCUUCCCUGACCAAAAAUGAGCCCAGUUCCCAUAUUCCAUUUUCGCUUUUCCUCACCAGAAAGAUUCAGAUUUUGACUUCCCACACUACCUCUCACUGGCUUAGUAUACCGCAUUUAAUUGGUUAGUCGGAUAUAUCAAACACAUUUGAUUGGUUAAUUGUCCAUUAAUGGUAGCGGUAAGUUGAAGUGUAAUAAUAAUUGCCCAGGGCCGUACACAGCGGCGGGGGGGGGGGGGGGGCAACUGCCCCCCUAGAGAAAACUAUAUUUACGAUUUUUAGAAUGACAUUAAUUAUUCUUUGUGUAUUUGGGACUUUUGUCGGCAUAUAGUAUAGGCCUUACCAUAGGCCUUACUGCCCCCUGGUGAAAAAAAAUACUGCGUAUGGCCCUGUAAUAACCCCCCUACCCACACGAGGCCUUUACCUCAAAAGAUUAUUCUUCCAUAUAAUGACAAAAGACGACUAGACCUCCCCUCCCUGGUUGUCAGCAAACAAAUAUGGCGGCAGAAUGUGUUUUGAAAGUGGGAAAGAAGUGAUUGAUUUUACUUGAAAAUAUUCAAUUAUGGAAAGUGAUGAUACGUUAAUCGACGUUGUUUCUGUAAGUAUAAGUAAUGGUGCACGGUCAUAGCAUGUGAAAAUCUCAUGAUCGUUUGUAGUUUAACAGCAAAAUAUUUUAUAAAUUAUUGUCAAAAUGCCAAAAUAUACUCUAGACGUAAUAUAACUGUAUUUUUUAAGUAGUUGGUUAAUCAUAAAAUAAAGUUAUCACUACACAGUGUUCCAUGCUUCACAGCGAUCUUUCGGCGAUUGUAAACUUAAUAACUUUAUUUGAAGAUAAACUGCAUAAUUUUUGCAAUGCUCUACCUAACAAUUAAUUGGUAUUAGCACUCAGCAUUCUUUGUUCAUAUAUGGACAAUGAAAGAUUAAUUGAUAUAUAACAAUUUGAAUACAACUAGUUGAUAUAGCUAUCGAGAAAUGUUAUGAUUCUAUUUGUCUUUCCCAACAGCAGGAUGAAACCCCUGGCAUGGAAUCAGACGCGACUGAAUCCGCUGACGAGAGUGAAGAUGUCGACAUUCUGAGCAACUUUGUUCCCUCUGAGUCAAACAUUUCCCAAAGUAACGAAGCUUCAACGUCUGCCAAACCAAGUGAUGCAACAGAUUCUGAAGGCCACACAGGGUUUCUUACUACGUUUGAUGGAGACCAUAACUAUUGCUGCACAUCGGCACCUACAACAGAGCAAAGUGCACAGGAGACUGAACAAAGUGAACAGGAAGCAGGACAUGGUGUACAGGAGACUGGACAGAGUGUACGGGAAGGUGGACAAAGUGGGCAUGAAAGUUCCCCCAAGGUCAUCAUUGAAAGUCAACAUGGAGAGCAGGUGUGUGCAUCUUCCAGACUUUGCCUGUCCUUUUGUUUAGCAUGUGCACUGAGCUCCAUAUAUGUAUCUGGAGUGAGAACGUGAGUCCAGAAAGUAACGCCUAGCUCACAGAAUAGAGACCUUAUGGAAGACUGACUCAGCCAAAAAUGCAUAACUCCUGCCACGCCAUGAUUCCUCAUCAAAUUACACUCACCGUGAGUCAGCCAAAAAUGCAUAACUCCUGCCCCGCCAUGAUUCCUCAUCAAAUUACACUCACCGUGUUCAAAGCCAGUGCACCUACGAGAGGCAUUUUUUAAUGGGGGUGAAUGCCUCUUGUCAGCACUAGCUAGGAACAUGGCAACAGAAGUGCAAUGGUAAUGCUAAAAUCAUAGGCAAAACUAAGAAGGCUGUCUUCUGUGGGGUCUCUAUUCUGUGCCAUGAUGGGGCUGAUGGAUGUCAAUGGCCACUAUCUUGGCUUCACUUUUCUCAGGCUGAAUGACUGACGUUCUUGCUCCAGUAUAUAUAGAGGUCACCCCAGCAUAUGAGGUAGCCAAAAAUUAUGGUUUCCAUAGAGUAUUUAUAAUGAAUUAAAUUAAACAGAAAACGAACACUACAUUCCGUAAAUUGUUGACAUUUUAGAAGGAGAUGUUAUAUUGUGUAUGUCGAAGACCAGAUGUUGAUAAAUUUAUGAUGUAAGUUUAAAUUUAUUGCAGAAUUAAAUUGCCAGUCUUUGAUUGUAGGACAAAUGGCAAAAUACAUUAUCGAGGCACAAUCCAUUCACACAAACAAUCAAUUCACAAAUUAUGUUUAUUCCCAGAGAAAUAUUUCUUACUGAUGUUUCUUACUCCAGUCGCAACUUUAUUUCUUAAAAGUUUUUUUCAUGAAAAUCAUUGAUAACACAAAGCUUAGUAAAAUAAUCCCAUCACACUUCAUACAAAAAGUAUAUAUACAGUGUAUAUACUCAGGGGUGGAAAAAAUAGGCGAGCACAUGAGCACUGAUUGCAGGAAAUGUUAAACAGCUGCAGGAAAUUCCUUUGAAUGAAUAUUUGCCAUUGAAAAUUUGAAGGAAAUCUUAACACCCAUGUCCCACUAUGGUUGGAAGACAUUCCUUGAAUUUAAAACCAUGGACAGCUAGAACACUAUAUGUUUAUGCACAUGCAGAUUUAGCACAAAAAUACUCUGUUGGUCUGCAGGAAAUUUUUGUCUCCAGGUUGUGCUUCCAGGAAGAAAAUUCUUUUUCCCUGCCCUAUAUAUAUAUAUAUAUAUACACUGACUAAUAACCUCUUGUGCAUAAUCUCACCAGUGGCUGUGACGCAUGUGAUGAAUGGUAUCAUGGUUCAUGUAUUGGAAUUACGAAAAAAGAUGCCAAGAAAAUUAAACAAUUCUUCUGUCAUGCCUGUCAAGGUACCAGGAACAUUUUGAAAUGUGUGUCAGAUUUGUGUGCUCUAUUCUAUGACUGUAAAAUUAUUUUCAAAUUUUCUUCUCUUUUCAAAGAAAAGAAUCCAAGCCUUGAAACAAAAUUCAAGAAAUCAAAAGAAAAAACCAGUGAAUCUUAUCAAGAAACUGACGAAACUGAUGAACACACUAAGGUAUUUUACUGAACAACUUAGUAAUGAUUUGAAUACAUAGCGUUUUAGAACAGUACUGCCACAAAUAUUAGUCCUCGAUUUCAUCACAAUUUAUUUGGGAUGUGUUAGAAAUGCAUUUGGAAUCCACAAAACUGCAAUCAUAUUAGAAUGUCUGAGCAGUAUAUGUUACAUGAUGACCCUUAAUGUUGCAAUGUACCAUUUGCAUUAUAGACUAAAUUUUGAUCUAGGCAAAAAUUUCAUCACAGCUUGAAAGAGCAUCACAAAAUUAGUAAUAUUCCAAAGUUUCGUUACGAAAUGUUGUAAAAUGCGGAUAAUAUAGCCUUGCGAAAUUUGCAAUUUUCAGUCAUUUUGCAUUACAAAUGGGAAUUGGGCUGUCAAUUUCCCGUGCGUAAUACAAAAUGACUGAAAAACGGCAAACUUCGCAUGGCUAUAUUAUCCGCAUUUUACAACAUUUUGCAACGAAACUUUGGAAUAUUCCUAAUUUUGUGAUGCUCUUUCAAGCUGUGGUGAAAUUUUUGUCUAGAUCAAAAUUUAGUCUAUAAUGCAAAUGGUCCAUUGUUCUCUCUUUACAGACAAAACAACGAAGCAGUCGGAAAUGUGGUCAAUGUACAGCUUGCAAGAUCCAGGAGGAUUGUGGGAAAUGUGACUACUGUCUGGUAAAUAUUUGAUAUAUAGUAAACACUACUGUAAUAUAAACUUGAAGGUCUGUGCAAGCGUAGCUGAAAAUGUAUUCACUAAUUAUGACAUUUUGUUCUUUACCAGGAUAUGCGAAAGUUUGGUGGUCCAAACAAGAAGCGGCAAAAAUGUCGUUUGAGACAGUGCUUAACUAAAUCUGUGGUACAGUAAAAUAACCUUUGGGUUAUAUGCAAUUUUUAAUAAGCUUAAUUGGCAAGAUUUUAUUUAAUAUAAUUGUUAAUCUUACAAAUUCUUUAGCAUUUAAAUGCUCAAGACGGAAGUUCAAAAGACGAAGAGCCACAAAGAAAAGUUAGGAAGAUCCGUGAACCUAAGGUAAGUAAGGUUCAGUAUGUUUGAAAGCAAUGUUACGUUUUUCUUUCAAGACAAGUUUUAUUCGCUCGUGUCUACGGCAAAAGUUUUCUACUGUAUGCCUGCAAGCAGGGACGCCGGAACGAUGUGAAGGCAAGGGGGGCAAAUUUUCGUGAAAGGACACUUUUGACUUGAUAUAUACUAAGACAUGUUUGCAAAACAUCAGGAGUUGAACUUCGCCUAAUCAUGUUUUCUAUUCAUUGGAUGAUAGGGUUGUGAGGGGGUUCUCCGCCAGACGAUUGUGCUUUCUUGAAGCUCGAUAACUGCAUUUCUUGCGUUUUCUGAAGCAAAUUCGUAGAAGAAUUGCACUAACAUUUCUGACAAUUCGCUAUUUCGCCAAGGCAAUCCUUUAAAUUGAAAGGGCACCUUUGCCCCUCCUGGUAAAGGGCAACGGGGGCGGCUGCCCCUCCUGCCCCCCAGUUCCGGCGUCCCUGCCUGCAAGUUUGUCCGAGUAGAUAACCCUUGUCUGCCAAACGACCUGUACAGAUACUGUACAUCACAUUUACAUGGUGGCUUUUUGGUGUCCUUCUGUAGACGCGUCAUGAAGAUUUUGGAGGACCGAGUAACAAGAAACACGCAAUCAAGUUGAAACACACUAGACACUUGCAAGGAAAGGAGCAAAAAGUAAGUACAUCAGGACCAGGGCUCGAAUUUUAUCGCGGCAAUUGCCGUGGAGGGAGAACAAAAUGCCGUUGAUCAUUGCGGCAACGACGGCAAUUUUUUGCCUUAUAUUGCAAUUUUUAUACUAUCAGUCACUGUGCAUUUAAUCUACUUUGAUACUUGAAUUCAGAUGUCGAUCAAAUCAUGCGUAAAUCACUAUUUUAGUCUCAGUUCUCUUCGAAAAAAAAACACUAAAGAAAUACGUAGACAUGUUUCUGGCUUGUCAAAAAUCCAAAGUAACAAUAAAAUUCAAAGUUUUAUUACAGUAAUUUGAAAAAUGCCGUGGAAACUGCCAAAAUUGCCGUAGACAGCUGUUACGUUCUACGGCAAUUUUUAACGCUAUUGCCAUCGAUUGAUUUCAGGGAAAUUCGAGGCCUGAUCAGGACACAGUAGCGCGAUCCCAAAUACAAAAAAAGACGACUACAUAGUUGAUUAGUAACUCCAGACGAAGGGCCUUCGCUCGAAACGUCGAAAUUCUCCUUAUAUUUUUCAGGUAGUUGUAUCCCUACCAAAGAAAGCUUGUUUACCUGAAAAAUACAAGCAAAACUUCAGCGUUUCGAGCGAAGACUAUAAACGUUUCCUUUAAGCUUCUUGUUGAAAAGAUAAUAUUAAGACAAACUGUUUUGUUUUCUCGUUAGCUAAAACGUCAGUUAAGCGGGAAAGAACAACGUCGACGUAAAAGACUUGCUUCAAGAGAAACGUCGGGGCUUUAUUCAGAACGAACAAGACAAACAGUGGAACUGCCGAGGCAAUGUUAUGGCCCACAAUGUCAGAAACGUGCAAGGCCCAAUUCGAAGUAUUGUAGCCAUGAGUGUGGUAUACAAGUUGCUGUUAGGUAAAUACUGGAUGAGAACUAAGAAUGGGAAGAGAAAUAUUCAUUAGAAGUGGUCAUUUCAUUUUUUUACCUCCCAAAAACCUAAGUGAUUUUUCUUUUGCUCUUCACCAAAGUGAUGGUAGUGGUGAUGGUGAUGAUGGAGAUGGUUGUGGUGAUGAUGAUGGUAACUGUGAUGAUGAUGGUGAUGAUGAUGGUGAUGAUAAUGGUGGUAACUGUGAUGAUGAUUGUGGUAAUGGUAAUGGUAAUGGUAAUGUUAAUGGUGAUGACUGAUGAAAAUGGUGGUGGUAGUGGUGAUGACUGAUGAUGAUGGUGGUGGUGGUGGUGAUGAUGGUGGUGAUGACUGAUGAAAAUGGUGGUGGUAACUGUGAUGAUGAUUGUGGUAAUGGUAAUGGUGAUGACUGAUGAAAAUGGUGGUGGUAAUGGUGAUGACUGAUGAAAAUGGUGGUGGUAAUGGUGAUGACUGAUGAAAAUGGUGGUGACUGAUGAAAAUGGUGGUGGUAAUGGUGAUGAUGGUGGUGGUGGUGGUGAUGAUGGUGGUGAUGACUGAUGAAAAUGGUGGUGGUAAUGGUGAUGAUGGUGGUGGUGAUGAUGUUGAUGAUAAUGAUGGUGAUGAUGUGUAUGAUGGUGGUUGUGCUCACAGUAUUGUCACUAGAUGGUAGUGUGGUACCAUUUAUAAAUUGUGUUAUGGUUCAGCCAGUAAUCUUAGUUGAUUUGUUACUUCAGGCGAAUACAAGAAAUUCUCCCAGGACGAGUUAAGGAAUGGAAUGAAACGUCUUGUGUAGCAAACACUCGGGCUGAAGAGAAAUUGGAGAGACUUAAAAAAAUACAAGAGGUAUGAGCCAGCGACUUUUGCUUUUAUUGACCAUUACUUCAUUGCACUUAGUUGUCAAGAAACUUUUCGCCUAGCCCAAUGUUUGCUUUUCGGUAGAGUCUAAACAGUCUUCUAACACGCGACCGAGAAUGUUAUUUUUAGAGGAAUUGAACCCCAGUCGCAAAAGUGAAAGACACACCGUGCCACGGUAUCAUCAAAACUGCACUAAAAAUCCGCAAAAUAUUGAUAUGCAAUAAUCACUAAUAUUGUUUUGUGUUUAGAAUACUCGUACGCGACUGAUGGAACUCGACCAGCAAAGCAAAGAGUUGGACGAGAUCUUAGAAAGAGCCUCGCAUCUCACAGCUGACACAGAAGAGGUGUGAAAUGAUCUUUCAUUUAAGUUCAGGUUGUUGUCAGUCACUCGUGCUCAUUACAUACAGAAAAGUCCAUUUAAAUGAUGCUAGUGUCAUAACCAUACGAAUAAGUGUACAACAACAUUGCACUGAAUUUUGAUUUGAAUUAUGUUUUCUUUUUAGGACACGGAAAGCGAGCAAGAUACAGACAUUGAUCUGAACAUUCACUGUGUCACCUGUGGGAUCGCGUUAAUGCCGAAAGUUGCGUUACGACACAUGGAAAAAUGUUACAUGAAGGUAACAUUAUUAUAUUUAAGUUAAUGUUAAUUAUAUGGUUUGAAUAUUACUGAUUUAAUUUCAUUUUUACCAACACUGUUAUAGAACGAGUCUUUUACAUCGUUUGGAUCAAAUUUUAAAAGUGUUGGGUAAGUUUUCUAUAACUGAUUUGCAGUUUUGAAUGUAUUUGUUGUCAAUAGUAAUAUUAUUUUUAUUUAGUAAUUUGUUCUGUGACUUCUACAACUCACAACAAAAGACGUACUGUAAAAGACUUCGCGUGUUGUGUCCUGAACACACAAAAGAACCAAAGGUUAGAGAGAUAGCUCACAUAAAGAUACCUUUAGUAUAAUCUGACCAAUGAAUAAUGCAAUAAUUCAUCAUUUUAUUAAAUAGUGAAUAAUACAUGGGUGCGCGGAAAUAACAGGUUUAUUUCGAGUGUUGAACAUGAUAUCUCAAGAGUGAGCGCAGCCAACGAGUAUAUGAUAUAAAUAAUCUCACAUGUGAGAUUAUCAGUUUUAUCAGUGCUCGAAAUCUCUAUAAAGCACUAUACUUUAUAUAAAAUAAUAAAUAAACAUUGUUCGCCACGUAUUCAGGUUUCACCACACGAAGUCUGUGGGUGUCCAUUGAGUAACGAUCAGCUAGAAGAGACGAAAGACUUGUGUUGUGUUUCAAAGAGGAACUGUGUCCGACAUUAUUGCUGGGAGAAACUACGGCGAGCUCAAAUUGACGGCGAAAGAGUUCGACAGGUAAAGUAUCUCAAUGCACCUUUUCGAUAAUUACGCCAUUUGACCUGGGAGCCUCACUCUCAUGAAUCGUGAGCCAAUCACCUUAUGUAAUUUACUAAUGAGAGCGAGGCUCCAAGACCAAAAAGUAUGUGUGACGUAAUUAUCGAAAGCGUGUAUUAAAACGUACUGGUUUGAACGCAGGAUAUUGUCGAGGUUCAGAUUUCCACUACCAUCACCACUAUCUCUCACUGGCUUAGCUCGCAUCUGAUUGGUCAAUCGGGUAUAUCAAACGCAUCUGAUUGGUUGAUGGUCCCCUUACUGUGUGGAGCAGUAAGUCAAAUCUGAACCUCCAUACUUUGGUUGUGCAGUGCAGUGAAAAGGGGUUAAGUAGUUGGGUUAAAAUAGAUAGAAAUAACAUCAAGGAAGAGUUAGUUUUGGAUAGAAAACAAUCAAAUGUUGUGACAAGUAGGCCUGACUUCCCUUGAGGAGAUAUCAGAGAAUGAUGAUGUUUUGCUAAGCACUAUCGUACGACAGAUGGUAGUCAACGACUCAACAUACAGUUAUCAGAAUGAGAAAACAAUGUCAGUUACUUUCCUUAUAUGUAGUUGCCUUGCAUUUGAUGACAGAUAGAUCGUAUUGAAAGAUGUAGUUUCAUUUUCCCUCGCCUAAAAGUGUCAACAGUGUGGGACUAAAUAAAUAACUGAAUGUCUUGUUUUAGUGGCUGAAACUAGAAGAAGCGUACGAACAAGAAAAACACACUCGACUGGCGUUGACUCAAAGAGGAGGUGUUCUCAGCCUCUUGUUACAUAGAACUAUUGUCGAAGGUUAAAGAACUACCGGUAAAUUGUACAUUGAAACCUGUUAGCUUCUGUUUUGUACAUAAAUGUAUAUUUCUGUUAUGUUGCCUUGUACAUCGAGACUAUUUCACGUUCGUCAGCCAAAUUAAGUGUUAACAAAGUCAUUUUAAAACACAAGAAUUUUAAAACACAAGACAUGUCAUUGUAUCAUAUUUAUUAAUGGUAAAGCUUCAACAAAGUCCAACCCAAGUCUAAAAAAUCUUCAAUUACGCUGAGUUACAUGUAUUGUACUUUCCCAAGGUAACAUCAUUAUAGACAGGUAAGAUCUGAUUGAAACUUUAAAAUUCAUCAAAAGUUUUUUAUGAUCAUUGGAUAAUUAUUAUUAACAUUUGUUAUAUAAAUCUGUGUAAGUGAGUUUCACUAAGGCAUUAUGUGCGGCAAAUGGUGGUCAACUGGCAAUUACUUGAAUGAGAAAAGACUGUUUGGUUAUAUGUGGUAUGGUAGCAAAAAAGUACAAGAUAUUUAGUUAAAUUGGCUUGCUCUUAUUAGAGUGAACAUUUCCAAAGUUGACCACGAUCUGCUGUCCUUUAAAGCUUACUGAAACUCGUCAAUUGUCAUUCAUUCUAAAGCUUUCUACACUUCAAUAAUAUUGACGUUGUUGUCAAUUGUUGCAUCUCUUGUGCCUUUAACCACUUUGCCAAUUAUCCAUGCUGAGUGACCAUCUUCUUUUUGGAAAGCUUCACAAAAUGACACAGCAUCUUCAUGAGUCAUAGCUAUUAAAAGACCACCUAACAUGAUAGAAGAAAGAUGAAUGUAAGUUUGUGGUAAUGGUCAUGGUCA